CUCGGUCGUAGAUAUUUUUGGCAAGUCUGUUGGAGUCCAUAUAUAAUUAAGUGUUCAUUAAAGUGCGAGUUAAAAUAAAAACAAACAGCUAAAACACUGCUUGGAGAAGAAUUGCUUAGAAAGCAAUAAAAAAUAAACAUACUGCAACAAUAUGUCCGCUGAAGCCAAAUCAAUUGUAGCUGCUGCAGAUGCAUCGCCAGUUAAAGAGGUUGUGAAGGAGGUGGCUACUCAGGUUAAAGAAGUUGCUGCUGCCGCAGCUGAGGCCGUUGCUGCAGAUACUACUCCCAAUGCCGAUGGAAAGGCAGCGCCGGCAGCAGAUGCAGAAGCUGCGGUUGUUCCCGAGCAAAGCCGAGGAGAGAAAAUAAUUCAAGCCAAGGAGUUGUUCAGCCAAGGAUCGCGGAAUUUCUUGGUGAAGAACUAUGAUGAUGCAGCCGACGAGUUGAGUCAGGUUUGUCAGAUUUACGAGGAACUGUAUGGUGAGCUUUGCGACGAGCUCGGCCAGCCGUUGUUGUUAUACGCCAAGUCGUUGAUUGCUGUGGCUUUGGAUGAGAAUAAAGUGAUUGAUGUGCCCGAUGAGGACGACAUUGACGAUGAUGAUGAUGAUGAGGAGGAAGCUGCAGCCGCUGAAGAGCCGCAGCAGAAACCAGCCGCAAAAAAAGAAGCCAAUGGGGCAGCGAGCACCACAAAUGGCAGCAAACUGUCAAGCAUUAAAGAGAGCGCUGCAGACGAGGCCGAUUCCACAGGUGAUGCAGAGAAACCGAAGCCAGAGAGCAAGCCCACUGGCUCGGACGAGGUGAGCAGCAGCGAUGCAAACGCGGAUGCUGCAGCAGCCAGCAGCAACGGGAGCAACGAUGAUGAGCGGCCAAGCACAUCCAAUGGCGAAGCCACGGCCAGCACCAGCAAUGGGGCGGCACCUGCCAGUGUGGCUGUGGAUGACGAACAGAUGGAAGACGAGAACGAGGAGGGGGUUAGCAGCAAUUUGCAGCUGGCCUGGGAGCUUCUCGAGGCGGCGGCCAAGAUAUUCGCUCGUCAAGGACUCAGUGGAUUACCCUAUCUGGCUGAUGUGCAAACGGAGCUCGCCAAUAUUGAGUUUGAGAAUGGCAUAUUCGAUGCAGCACGCGGGGAUUAUGAGAAAGCCUUAAAAAUUCAUGGGGAGUUGCCCAGCAAGAAUCGGCGUGUGCUGGCCGAGCUCCACUACAAGAUUGGACUCACCUAUUUGAUGCAGCAGUUGAACAAAGAAGGCGCAGCGGCGCUGCGCAACUCAAGCGCCUUAAUUGAGGAGGAAAUUGCGCACAUCCAGGGCAAGGAGACAACGCCCAGUGAGCGCGAAAAGAACAACAUACUCGAUUUGGAAGAGACCAGACAGGAGAUAAUGGCAAAGAUACAGGAAAUCGAAGAGAUGCAGGCACAGACAAUUGCUGAGGUCCGUGCUGCCCUCGACAGUUACAUCAAGCCUAUGAGUAGCAGCAGCAGCAGCGGUGGCGCCAACGCUGGAGAUGCUGCCGCCUCGUCGUCAACUUCCAGCAAUGGGGCAGCCAGCUCAUCGUCAUCAACAUUAUCGUCGACGGCAAAAGGUAUGGCUGCCUCAUCUUCAGCCAUUAGCAGCAGCUCCAAGCCCACAGAUAUUACACAUUUAAUAAAGCGCAAGAAGCCCGAGGAGCCCAAUUCUGAGGCCGAGGCAUUGUGCUCGCCGGCAAAACGUGCGGCGGUUUAAGGCAGACGCACACACACACAUUCAUUCCAGUUCAAUCCAUACAACAACUACUUAAAUUCACACACAACCACACAUACACCUGCAACCCUCCGUGUUCCCAUACACACUCACAAUCUAUUUAUGCUACUUGUUUGCUGUUUUUUCUACAAGAUUUCCUAAGUCUAUAAGUUAGAAUCACAAUUAGUGCUAAGUGCGUACGUCAAGAAAAAAGUAAUGAUAAUAAUAUUUUAUAUUAAAAAAAAAAACAAAAAACGAAGUAAAAACAAAAAAAAUCAAUUCAUCAAUAAAAGUGAAAUA